UUUGUACUACAACUUAGUAAGCAAGGAGAGUGUAAUUACUGCCUCAGUCCUCCACUCUCUGUAUAUUUAUAUACAUGGAGAGGAUGUUAAUAUUUUGGCACAAACUUUCCUAUGCUCUCUUGGUUCAUUUCAACUCCUUCAGCCAUUUUUUUUUUUUUUUACUUCUAGUUUCCUUUAGCAAUCUCUUUGAAACAAAAUGAACACAGUUAAAGGUUUCAGAUUUCACCCAACCGACGAAGAACUCAUCGAGUAUCUGCUCCUCGUAACCUUCUGCGUCGACCGUGAUUCUCUCGUCCAAGUUAUUGAUCAAGUACCGGACAUCUGCCAGUGGGAGCCUUGGCAACUAGCUGAGAGUUCCAAAUUGCAAACUGGGGAUCGAUUAUGGUACUUCAUAUAUACACCGACAUAUAAUUACCGGAAUAGUAAACGAAUUAACCGGACCACCCGGGAAGGUUAUUGGAAACCUACGGGCAAUGCUCGGAAAAUUAUAGACCCUAAAACAGGGAAGGUGAUUGGCACCAAGAAGACCUUGGUUUACUAUAAAGGCCAAUGUAAUGAUAAAGACAAAAUCAGGACUUGCUGGGUUAUGCAUGAGUAUGAACUCGUGGCUGCCCCUAACUCCACUGACACUGAUCGGAAAACAUUCAACCUUUGUAAAUUGAAGAAAAGGGUUGAUAUUUCCUGCACUGAUGCUGGGCAAUCAAGUCAGCAUAAGGACUGUGAUGAUGUUGUUCAUAAUCAAUCCGGCAUUGAGAGUUAUGCCGGAGAAAUAAGUAGUCAACAUAAUAUAGCCAAUGAUGAUGUAGUCUCUAAUUUAUCGUCUCAUGAUCUGGAUGAUGCGAUUCCGAAGGGAAAUUUACACGAGAGGUCAAAAGAAUGCAAUGAACCCGAAGGCAACAGUGGGGUUCAAAAACUGAAUAGCAUCAUUGAAAAGGAUGAUAAGUCCUGUAGUUCGGUUCUUACUAAUGGUGAUGAAACCAUCACCGUCGAAAGAAGCGAUCAAAAUAAUGUAGUUGUUGCAGUUGAGGGAUUAGGAAUACCUUCUAGUUUCGAGUAUCUUGGCGAUGAGGUUUUAAUUCUGGCGGAAUUUUUCUACAAUGAGGGGUUAUCGUUUGAUGAGUUAUUAGAAGUACCACAGGCAACUAAUAACUCUAAUUGGAUUCAAGAUCAAUCUAUCACCAACCCAGAUGAUGUUGAGUUCUUGAAUUCAAUUUUUGUUGACAAUGAUGAAGCCUACCUCCUAGAAGAAAACAGACCGUAUCCAUCUGCUGCUGAUAAUGAAGUCUUAGGUGCAGUGGGAUCAUCUGAUUCGAUGGAGAAACCUAGUAAAAGGCUGCGUCUUUCACAUGACGAUCAUGUAGAGACCACAGAGGCUCGAGCUGGAGGAAGUAUCAGCUACCAGCAGUAGCAAAGAGCAAGAGAUGCUCAAAUGUUAUUAGCAUAUAUUGCAGACAGUAAAGAAUAUUCCUUUUUUUUUUGUAUUGCUAUUUUGCCUUUUUGAUGUUUGAAGGGUUUUUGGACUGUAAAAUAAGAAUUACAAGUGAUGUUAUAUGUAACCUAAUGUAAGAUAGUGUAUGAAGGGUUGACCAUCAUCUACUUGAAUGAUGCCAUUCCAAAUUACAGCUUAACUUAAUGGAGAAAGUUGUCUGAAA